AUGGCAAACAACAAUGACAAAGACAAGUUCAAGUACCGUGUGGAGAUUCAACAGAUGAUGUUCGUCUCCGGCGAAACGGGCGAACCAAAUGCUGAAACAACCGGCAUAAUUGAAGAAAUAGUCCGCGGGCAAGUCAUCGAGAUGCUCCUCCAAUGCACAAGCCAAGCUGCCCGCCGCGGCUCCCGGUCAAUCUCUACGGACGAUCUUAUAUUCCUAAUCCGCCAUGAUAAAGCCAAGGUAUCCAGGCUGCGCACCUAUCUUUCGUGGAAAGACGUCCGUAAAACUGCCAAAGAGCAAGACCCUAACGGGGGCGCCGGCGCACCCGAUCCUGCAGAUCUGUUAGAAGAUGCUGCAGCGGGAAUUGCAGGGAGUGGGGGGCCAAUGCAGAUGAAGCAGCGGAAAGCGAAGAUUGGGCUCCCAUGGGAAGUUGCCAGCUAUUUCUCGGAGCAGGUUCCGGAGCGCGAAGAGGACGAAGAUGAGGACGAAGUCGAGGCAAACUAUGCGACAUUACAGAGACUGAAGAAUGCUGAUGAGAGAACGAGAGGGAUGACUAAGGACGAGUAUGUUCACUGGUCGGAGUGUAGACAAGCAUCCUUCACCUUCAGGAAGGGAAAGCGUUUUAGGGAAUGGGCCGGUUUUGGGACUGUGACAGAGGCGAAGCCUAACGAUGAUAUCGUUGAUAUUUUAGGGUUUUUAACUUUCGAGAUUGUACAGACACUGACCGAGGAAGCGCUAAGAGUUAAGGAGGCUGAAGAUCAGGUUCUUAUGCAGAGCCGCGAAAAGAGCCGUAAGAGAAAGCGGGAGAAGUUCCUCUUCCACGCAGAGGAAGGGAGGACUGCCGUUGAGGCUAGACACGUCGAAGAGGCUUUUAGGCGACUGCAAACUCCAAGGCCUAAAAUGAAGGCUAUGAGGAACUUCUCUGGUGGUGUUGUCAAGUCUAGAUUGAUGCUCGUUUAG